AUGAUAGACUGGAAGGUUAGGGAUUGUGCGGAUGGAGGAUUAGCCGGAUCCAGAGCCACAGGUGCUCCUCCUCCGUGUUUCCUUGCUGAGCAACAGCCAACUCUCGAUGCAUACGAGACGCUGGGUGCAGAAAGUUCGUUGCCGAUGGAAAUGUGCAGCAACUUCGACGCAUACGAGCUGCGUCGACUGGCACGCCGAUUCAAGAAACUGGAUAUUGAUGGUUCAGGAUCGCUGUCAGUUGAGGAAUUCAUGUCAUUACCUGAAUUGCAACAGAAUCCACUUGUUCAAAGAGUGAUUGAUAUAUUUGACGAAGAUGGAAAUGGGGAAGUAGAUUUUCGAGAAUUUAUACAAGGUAUUUCACAAUUCAGCGUAAAAGGUGACAAGAAUGUUAAGCUAAAAUUUGCAUUCCGUAUUUACGACAUUGAUCGAGAUGGUUAUAUAUCUAAUGGAGAACUAUUCCAGGUAUUGAAAAUGAUGGUCGGAAACAAUCUAAAGGACUCACAACUGCAACAAAUUGUCGAUAAGACGAUACUUUUCCAUGACAAAGACGGCGAUGGCAGAAUAUCAUUCCAGGAAUUUUGCGAUGUUGUCGAACAUACUGAAGUGCACAAGAAGAUGGUACUGGAGAACAUCUGA